AUGAAUCCCCAGAUUUUUCUGCUAUAUCUUUCUAAACAGCUUUUUGAGUCAAUUAUAAGUAGCGUUCUUCAUGAAAUGAUGCAUGCAAUGGGAUUUUAUCAUGAACAUGCGAGAUCAGAUCGCGAUAAGUAUGUGAAAGUCAACUUAGCAAACGUACGACCUGGCGCGGAACGAAAUUUCAGAAAAGAGGAAACCAUUGACUUUGGAUCGCCGUAUGACUAUGGUUCUGUUAUGCAUUACGGACCUUUAACAUUUUCGAAAGAUGGAAGAUUACCAACUCUUGAAAAAUUAGAUAAAACAAAUAAAGACGUCAUGGGGCAACGAAAUGGUUUAUCAGAGCAAGACAAAUAUCAAAUAAACAGGGCGUACGGUUGUUUAAAAACAACAACAGAAAGCACGACAACUUUAACAACAACGACACCGAGGACGACAAGUACAACAACGACAACAACAACGACCCCGAAAACUACUACAACAACAACGCCGAGAACGACAGCGACAACUACCAGAACAACGACACCAAGGACGACAAUAACCACAACAGCAACAACAACACCAAUAACAACAACAACACUGAUAACGACAACAACAACAACGACGACACCAAAAACUACAACAACAACGACACCGAGAACAACAACUUCAACAACAACGACGACAACACCGAAAACAACACCGAAAACAACAACUACAACAACGACGACACUGAGACCGACAACUACAACAACGACGACACCAAAAACUACAACAACAACAACGACACUGAGGAUAACAACUACAACAACGAUGAAACCGAGAAGGACUACUACAAAAACAACGACACCAAAAACUACAACCACAACACCCAGAACAACAACAACCACCACAACACCCAGAACAACAACAACCACCACAACACCCAGAACAACAACAACCACCACAACACCCAGAACAACAACAACCACCACAACACCCAGAACGACUACUACACAAAGAAUAACACUUGCUACUAGCGGAGCUACAAUGACAGCAACGAUCGGAACGAAUCCAGUGUUUCUAAAAUGUAUAAAAAUUUAUUUUUAUGAGGUCUUUCUGUGCUUAAACGUGAUAUACCUUGAUAAUUUUAAUGGCUAUUUUAUUUUGACAGAUUUUUUCGUAGUUUUAACUGCUACAAAAUAUUGUAGAGGAAACACAAUAGCUGAACGAACGUGUGGAUUGAUUGGCACAAGUUUGGUGGCUUUCCCACCGAAUAAAAGAUACUUCAUUUUUUGUAUUGGAGGUUUGGCUUGGUCGUGCCAGAUAUGUCCUGCUGAUACUAUUUUUAGUAACAAGUGUAAAAUCUGUGUUUAUAAAAAUAAUAAGAGAUGUUUGGGAGGAAGUCGAACUGCUUCGACUACGACCACACAAACGACAGCAAAACUAACGGCGCCGUCUACAACAAAAGAACCAACACCUAGCUGCCCUGCGUAUUUAUGUACUGUGCGAAGUAAACUUCGAAUGAAGAAUCCUAAGAAUCACAGACAGUUCGUCACCUGUCUGUUUGGCAUCUCACUUGGUUGUCAAAUGUGUCCACACACAUUAGUGUUCAAUGAAGAUAUGCAACAAUGGAAACAACCCGUUAAAAUGACAACAAAAUAUGUCCGAGACGAUAAAGAGAUUGACAUGAUGGCACAAAUUCCAAAGGAAAACAUCAAACACAUUGAGCCAUGCCUACGUUGUUUCAGCAAAUUAGUAUUUUAUGGAUCUGAUGAAGACUAA